CUGCGGGACAGGGGUUGCCACAGCGAAUGGCGAGUGAGACAGCCUGCAUGCCGGAGCCCGUCCAGGCCGACGGGGCUUGCCGCUGGCGCUGCCCUGAGCACAGCGAACGCCCGGCUGAGCUCUUCUGUCGCCGCUGCAGCCGUUGCGUGUGCGCGCUGUGCCCGGUGCUGGGUGCCCACCGCGGCCACCCGGUGGGCCUGGCCCAGGAGGAGGCUGCGAGCGUGCAGAAACUCUUCCAGGACUGUUUAGAGUGUUUGGCGACCAAGAAGCGGCAACACGCUGACAACAUAGCCCACUUGGAAGACGCUGGGGAAAAGCUCAAGGUUUACGCAGACUCAAGUAAAGCCUGGCUGACACAGAAAUUCACCGAACUCAGAUUACUCCUUGAUGAAGAGGAAGUACUGGCCAAACAGUUCAUUGAGAAGAACACAGAGCUCACCCUCCAGGUGUACAGGGAGCAAGCUGAGUCUUGCAGGAAGCAAAUUGAGGCCAUGGAUGAUUUCUCCACCAGGGUGUGGGUCAUGAGCCUGGAGCCCAACCCCGUUCAGCUGCUGCAGGCAUAUGUAGCCACUAAGUCAGAGAUGGGACAGCAGAUGAGCCCCCCGGAGCUGAGCCACCCUGUGCCCCUGUCCUUCGAGCCCAUCAAGAACUUCUUUAAGGAGUUUACAGAAGCCAUCCGGGACACUUUACAGACACCAAUGGACACUCGCCUGAAGGAAAACAUGAACUGCCAGCUCUCGGGAUCCUCCAGCACCAAGCCAGGCACCCUGUUGAAAAUCAGCCCUUCUCCGGAGAGAUCACUCUUCCUGAAAUACGUCCGCACGCCCACGCUGGACCCGGACACCAUGCACUCUCGUCUGCGGCUGUCGACAGACGGACUGACUGUCCGCUGUGCACUGCUGGGCCGCCUGGGGCCAAGCCCCGCUCCCCGGUUCGACGCCCUGCGUCAGGUGCUGGGCCGCGACGGCUUCGCAGCCGGCCGCCACUACUGGGAGGUGGACGUGCAGGAGGCGGGCGUGGGCUGGUGGGUGGGCGCGGCCUACCCGUCACUGCGGCGCCGCGGGUCCUCGGCCGCCUCCCGCCUGGGCUGCAACCGCGAGUCGUGGUGCGUGAAGCGCUACGACCUCGAGUACUGGGCUUUCCAUGAUUGCCAGCGAAGCCGCCUACGGCCCCGCCGCGACCCCCAUAGGAUCGGCGUCUUCCUGGACUACGAAGCCGGCGUGCUGGCCUUCUACGACGUGGGCGGUGGCAUGAGCCACUUGCACACCUUCCACGCCACCUUCCAGGAACCGCUCUACCCGGCCCUGCGCCUCUGGGAGGGGGCCAUCAGCAUCCCCCGGUUGCCCUAGGCGACCGUGCUUCCUUUCCUAGGCUGGUCUACAGGCUCUGCCCACGCAACCCCGGCGCUGCCUGUGUCUGGGACACUGUCAUGCAGCGCUUAGAACCUCCUGGCACACAGCAAGCACACAGUAAUUUUCAUUGAAAGAUUCCCGGCGGAGGCACUGCAUCUCCUUAAAGGACCCCAUGGGAGUCACCUGCUCUCCAGCCAUUUCAGUUUAUCCCGGCCACCUUGAGCCAGAGAACCCGAGAGGGUUUCUAGUCUCCCGUUCCUCUCGCAUCUUCAUCUUCUACACUUAAACAAGGGUGAAUUCAAAUAGGUACAAGAAAAAAUCAGGAAGGCCUUCUUAGCGUCCCGGCUUUUCUGGCCUGCUCUUUGACGGCCUCCCCUCUCCCAGCUGCUGAAAGUCUGUUCAGACAGUCUUCAGGCAGAAGCUAGUUCACAGUUUUGCCUCUUUAAACGGUUGUGCGUCCCAGCAUAAAUAGGAAAACCAUCUCUUUGCCUGUCUCACUCCUCUGGCUUAUCUGCCUCAAGAAGCCCCUCCCCCCCCCCAAAUGAGGCUUGCAGAUAUAGGACCUGUCAUUCCAGCUGCUUUCUAAGGAUAUUUGCAUCCCUUUCCUCCCAAAAAUGGUUCAGAAAGUCCCCUUCAAGGCAAUGAACGAUCAGUUGACUGCUACUCGCGGAAGGGAGUACUGAGGAUGGCUCCAAGGCGGAUUUGACGGGACAUAGGGGACAUAGCUAACAUGGGAGAUGUACCCUUGAUGUUACAUCUUAUCUAUGAAGAGCUUUUCCCACACACACCGCUGCAGGGCCAAGCCAGGCGUCUCUUAACAAUCGUAUCAGGCGUUUAUCACGCGAAUUGUCCACUGCACACUUGAUCCUUACAGCCCUCCAAAGUGGGACAUGAGCCCAUCGUCCACACAGCAGAAUCGGUACGCUUGAGUCAGGUGACUGACUGCCCAAGAUAAUGGAACCGGUUGCAGACAGGGUCUGUGCUCCCAGCAGGUGGUGUGGACACGGCAGCCCAGCUCCCUAUUGGCAGAGGCCACCUCAGCUUUCCCACCUGCUUUCCUUGGGCCCAAUCUGCCUCUAGAUUACGUCCGCUGGUCUCUGAGAUGGGUUUCCUACCCUUCACAGUGUGGGGUGGGAUUGUCCUGAGUAUAAAGCAGAAAGACUGGUCUGGGCCAAGGUUUGCACUAGCCAAAAGCCUAGUUUCCCAUCAGCUGUGUGGCCUCCGGCAAGACACUUUCUCCUCAUGGCCCCCAUCUGUGAAAUGCGGGCCAGUGCCAGAAGACUCAAGGGAGCCAAAGCUAGUGGAAUUGCCUUAAUAACUCCUUUGUAUCUGGUUAGGAUCUGUCAACAUCUCCAACAGAUUCUCCCCUGUGCCUCUUCACAGUGCGGAGCCAUGGAUACUCAGCAGCUGGAUGGCAGCCGCGGGGGCUGCCCUAAUACUCUCAGAGCAGUUUUCUUGGGAUCCAUGUUCUUGAAGGUAGAAGGCAUCUGUCUUGAUGCUCUUGGUUUUGUAGGAUUUACCUCAAAGGUAAACCACAAAUUGUUUUCCCAUGGUGCGUGGGUUAGAACCAGAGUGGCCGUGCGCAUCCCAGGUGUGUGCCCGCGGAGCUACACUCUGACCCCAGCGGGUGUUUGUUUUGUAGGAAAAAGGCUUAGUCCAGGCCACCCUGAGGGAAAUGGAGGACAGACACCUGUCUCAAAUGUCCAGCUUCAAGGGCCAGACCACGGGACAUAAGAUUCCUGAGACUGGGCUGGGCAGGGACUGACUCUUCUGAGCAUUCCCAGACCUGGGGCCAGCUGCUGUGAUUCCUGGACACUACCUCCCAGAGAGGCUCGUGUACCAUUUCCUUUGGGCACAUGGUUUCAGUCCAUGUUGGCUAGUGACAACCAUAUUUGUAAAUGACAAGUUCUCUAAUAAUAUGCAUUGUAUAAUAAAAUACGAAUGCU